AUGGCCGACGAACAAUCGCCAGUCUUCACCUCUUCUUCAUCGCGCCUGCCCAGUACAGCCCUGCCCAGUACAGCUCUGCCCAAAGGCUACACCCUCCAAUCCGGGUACCCUCCCAUUCCGGACUACCUCCAUCUGCGUGCUGCAACUGGGCUCAGCCCAAAAACUGUCGCACAGGCCGCGCCAAUCCCCCAAGGCAGCUGGUACGGGUGCUACAUCACGUACACGCCGGCAUCCCCAUCACCAGAUGGGACCACCACCACCACCACCACUACUACUACUCCCUCAAAUUUAAAAGAUUCCAUCGUGGCAAUGGGUCGAGUCAUUGGCGACGGCGGGUGGUAUUUCCUCAUCGCCGACAUGGCCGUCCUGCCGGAGCACCAGCGAAAAGGUCUCGGCGAUGCAGUGCUGAAGCAGUUGUUAGAGCACAUUCGCACUCAUGCGCCGCGAGAUGAGGACGAAAAUGGGGCCUGGCCGUAUGUCACGCUGUUUGCAGACGGGCCGGGCAGGAAGUUGUACAAGAAGAAUGGGUUUGUGGAAUCCUUGCCGAUCGGGCAGAUGGGCAUGUCUUUGCCGCAGGGAUGGGAGAAGGAUAACUGA